AAAGGCUGAAGCUCACGAGUCUGUCUGGCAUCGCUGAAGGAAACCUCUGGCUGUGAGAAUGAACGUGUCGAGUUUCAGAGACUGCAAGGCAUGGAAAUCAGAAGGUCUGCCACUGUCCACCAGCAGUAAUGAGGCCUGUAAACUAUACGAUGCUAUACUGUCUCAGUAUGUGUCCUGGCGUAAUAAUGAGACACUGGGAGGAAUAGAAGGCUGUAUUACAGCCGUCAAAGCUGCAGACCUGGACUUUGUGAUGGGUCAUGUGAUCUCUACUGGGCUGGAGUUGGUGGGAACAGGAAGUUCAGUCCUACGGGACGAGAGAUUGGCCAGCGCUGUGAGGAGGACUGUGGAGUUGGCCAACACUCAGGAGCUCACGUCUAGAGAGAGGAACCAUGUGAAAGCCGUGGAGCUCUUCUCUAAAGGAGCCCUGCACAAGGCCUGUGAGGUUUGGAAGGGUAUUUUGGUGGAUCACCCCACAGACAUGCUGGCACUGAAGUUUGCCCAUGAUGGAUUCUUCUACCUGGGUGAACAGACUGAGAUGAGGGACUCGGUGGCCAGGGUUCUGCCCCACUGGAAACCGCAUAUGCCAUUCUACAGUUAUCUUAAAGGGAUGUAUUCCUUUGGGCUUCUUGAGACUCGUUUGUAUGAUGAAGCUGAAAAAAUGGCAAAAGAGGCCCUGGCUCUGACCCCUGAGGACGGAUGGAGUGUCCACGCUGUGGCUCAUGUCCAUGAGAUGAAGGCAGAGAUGGACAAGGGACUGAAGUUCAUGGCCUCUACAGAGAAAGACUGGAUGGUGUGUGACAUGCUGGCAUGUCAUAAUUACUGGCACUGGGCUCUAUAUCAUAUUGAAAAGGGUAAUUAUGAAGCAGCUUUGAAGAUUUUUGAUGAGCAGGUUUCUCGGCGCAGUGUGAAGUCUGGAGCCAUGCUGGACGUCGUAGACUCUUGUUCAUUGCUCUACAGACUAGAGCUGGAGGGUGUGAGCGUGAAGGACCGCUACCGAGAGCUGCUGCAGGUGACCCAGCCACAUACAGAAGACCACACGUUACUUUUUAAUGACCUGCACUUCCUCAUGGUUUCCCUGGGUAGCAAGGAGACCGCCACCACUCAGCGCCUGCUGGAGAGUCUCCAGGAACUAGCUAAAGACCCAGCUGAGAACCAUCAGCUCCAGAUAGCCGAGUGUGUGGGGCUGCCCAUGUGUCAGGCUCUGCUGGAGUAUGACCAGGGAAACUACAGCCAGGCCGUGGAGCUGCUCAAACCCAUCAAAGACCGCUUUGUAGAGAUAGGGGGCAGUGACGCACAGAGAGAUGUUUUCAGUCAGCUCCUUAUUCAUGCUGCCAUGAAGUCUGGAGACAAAGAACACCAACGAUUUGCCAGAUGCAUGCUGAUCGAGAGAGAUGCAGUGCGGCCAAACUCCCUGCUCACAGACCGGCUGAUCCAGAGAGCCCACUCCUUACAUGUUUAAAUUCAGACCCCAUUCCCU